AUGUCCUCAGAUAGGAAGAAGAGAAGUGAAAAUUUUUCAUAUGAAGAGACUAAAUGCCUGAUCGCUAUCUGGAAAAGUAAGGUAAUAGAACUAAAGAGCCUUAAAAGGAACCAUCACGUAUUCAAUGUCAUAUCAGAAGAAAUGCAUAAACUUGGCUACGAUCGAGAUUCACAGAUUAUACACUUCAAAAUCAAUAAUUUAACACAACAAUAUCGAAAACUACAACGCAAACUACAAUCUGGCGCGAUUUCUCAUGCGGAUGUCAGCCUACUGUGGCCGUUCUUUUGCCCAAUUGAAGAAAUUUUUAAUUCAGUAAUCCAUUUUUCAGAAUCUGAACAAGAUAAGAUCUUAACGAAUAAUAUAUCCUUAGAUAAAAUCGAAACCAAUAACGUAACGCACGACAUUCAUCAAUCUAUUCCUCUCUUUGCCGACAUGACUCGUGAUAAUGAACGAGUUUCUAUGAACGACCCUAAAGAUAGUAUUAGAGGUGAACAUGACGAACAUUUGGCAAGAAUGCGCUUACUUAACAAGGCAGAAAAUAGACAGUUAUUGAGUCUUUCUAGGAAAAGAAAAAGAAAUCUAGAAGUCGACGACGUAUUGGAAAAUUUACUUAAAAUGCAACAAGACUUUAAUUUAUCGUUAUCCAAAAUUCACAAUGACCAAAUGACAGCAUUAAAUCGUUUGAUUGAGCUACAACAAGAAUCUAACAAUAUACAGAGCAAAAUGCUGAAGUUACUAGACAAAGCCGGUUAA